AUGGUCUCAUCUCCAUCGGCGGGCUACCGCCCGCUUCCGCAAGGCCCGGACGCAGCUGAGGAGCCGGAGACCGCGCCUCACCAUCUUUCGGAGUCCCUCGUAGUGGGAACGGACGCGGAACAACUCGAAGAUGUCCCGGUCGUGCUUCCUCCGGAGGAGGCUCUGGACGCCAGGGUGCGAUGGGUGUACUUCAUGCUCGGCAACGCCGUGCUACUUCCUUGGAAUGCGAUGAUCACCGCGACGCCGUACUUCCUUGCGAGACUGGAAGGCUCUUCCCUGAAGAGCACGUUCAGCUCGUACCUGUCGGCUACCUUCACGAUCGCCAAUUGCGGCUUCCUAGCGCAUGCGACCAUAACGUCGAAGCAGUCUUCCCGUACUGUGCGCGUACGACAUAGUACGCUAUGGCUGGCUCUGUCUUUGUUCCUCCUUACCGCGUCGACCUUUGUCCACAUGCCUCCCGGGCUCUUCUUCGCAUUCGUGAUCCUGAACGGCAUCCUCCAGUCCGCGGCGGGGUCUUACCUCCAAGCGUCCGUGGUCGCCGUCGCCUCCCUCUUCGGUCCGCUUGCCAUGCAGGCCGUCAUGACGGGCCAAGCCGUCGUCGCCGUUCUCAUCAGCGCCGUCCAGCUCCUGAGCGCGUCCGCCUCGAUCCACGCCUCCGCCGUGAGCGACGGCUCGGCCGAAGAAAAGUCCGCGUUCGCGUUCUUCGGGCUGUCGACCCUGUUCCUGCUGGCCACGGUCGGCGCGCACGCCUGGCUCGUCCGCCUGCCGGUGUACCAGGCGGUCGCGGUCCCGUUCGAGCAACACUCGAAGCUGCUCGUGGACGCGACACACCGGCGCGAACGCUCCCGCUCGUUCUCGGGCGAACAGCUCGAGCUCGAGUCGACCCGGCUAUCCCGCGUCUUCAAGCUCAACCUGACGUACAACGUUGCCGUCGCGUACGUCUUCGUCGUCACUCUGGCCGUGUUCCCUCCCAUCACAGUAUCCAUCACGCCCGUCAACAAGGCGAUCCAUCCCCUGGUCUUCAGCUCGAUCCAUUUCCUCGUCUUCAACUGCGGCGACUACCUCGGGCGCUACAUCUGCGGCUUCCACCGGUUCGUCAUCUGGUCCGCCCGACGCCUGCUCGCGCUCUCCGUCCUGCGCACGCUCUUCAUCCCGCUGUUCCUGAUGUGCAACGUCACCCGGUCCGCUGCGCUGCCGCCGAUCCCGCCCGUGAUCAACUCGGACUGGCUCUUCAUGCUCAUCCUUUUCCUCUUCGGGCUCUCGAACGGGUACAUCUCUAGCCUGUGCAUGAUGGCCGCGCCGUCGCUGGAGCACAACCCACGGCUGAAGGGCCGGCAGGACGACGUGGACACGGCGGCGACCAUCACCGGCUUUUCGCUCGUCGGCGGGCUGGCGAUCGGGAGCAUCGCGAGCUUUGCCGUCCGGGCGGCGGUUUGCGGAGGGUGCAAUCCUUUCACGGAAUGA